CAGUACACUUGCAAUGGCCGGCUCUGUCUGCGUGGAAGAAGACGAUCCACACGUCAACUCUGUAGUAGAUAUGUCUAGUAGAGAUUUGGAAGAAGUUCCAUUUGAGUAUCGUGUGGUGGGAAGGUUUCAUUGUGUCACUCAACUGUUACUUCAGUUCAACUCGAUAGUCUCACUCCCAGACGACUUACCUAUUGUAUUUCCUGCACUAGAAACUCUAAACGUGAGUGGAAAUGAGCUGGAGACACUUCCAGACUCUCUGAGUCUUUUGAAGGAUUCACUUCAAACGCUGUCUGCAGCUGAGAAUGUCUUACAUCAUAUUCCAGAAGGUUUGAAGAAGUUGGUUCAUCUACGGGUGUUGAGAUUGCGUGGAAACAAGCUCGUACGCUUAGACAACGUGUUUGGAACGAACAUGACUAACAUGCGGGAGCUUUACAUUGAUGAAAACCAGUUGGUACGUCUGCCCAGUGAGCUGUGUUUCAUGACUGCCUUGGAAAUUUUGGAAGCAUCAGACAACAAACUCACGUAUCUACCUGACUGCUUUGGCAAUCUGAAAAUGUUGAAAGUUUUAAAUUUGUCUAAUAAUCAAUUAAAGGAGGUGCCUUCGUCUUUCAGCCAGCUACCUUCUUUGAUUACUCUAGACAUCAGUAACAACAUGCUUUCAUCAAUGCCUAAUCAAUUGGUAUCUUCUUAUUGCUUGCAGUCAGUAUUUCUCAACGACAACUUGUUGACUGUUAUGUCAGAAUGGUUUUCUAACACUAGCCAGCUUCAAGAGCUUGAUAUUAGUAACAAUUCUCUAGAAGGAGAUGCACUUCCACAAGCAUUUGGUCUGCAGUCCCCAAAUGUUCAGUUUUUAUCACUGGCCGGCAAUCAUGUUACAAGGUUGCCAGAAUCGCUGUGCAACAUGUCUCACCUUCGAGAGCUGAAAUUGGGGAGCACAAUUCCUGAGAUAGAUAGAAGAGCGUUUCAGAAUGGCAACUGGCUCCAUAGUCUUCCUGAAGAGUUUGGUGGUCUCGUUAGUUUAGAGAGGUUGUGGCUUGACGAGAACAAGUUAAACUGUUUGCCUCAAUCAUUUGGUUCUCUCUCACACUUGACAUUUGUUGACAUGUGUCAGAACUUGUUGUCUGAACUGCCUGAUUCAUUUUGCAACCUAUCAGCACUUGUUACCUUAUAUCUGUCUCGAAACCAAUUGAGUGUUCUACCACCUGACUUUGGUAAACUGAGUCAGUUGUUAGAGGUUCGACUGGAUAAUAAUUUACUGGAAAUGCUACCUAAAUCAUUUGAGGAGCUUACACAGCUGAAGACACUUGACCUAUUCUGCAAUAAGCUAAGAGACUUUCCUCGCUUUCUUGUAAACUUUUCUCAGCUUUCCCGACUUGAUCUCAACAAUAAUUUGUUCAAAUUCAAUUCUGAUGAUGUUCCGUUGUCUUUCUGUAAAAAACAAUAUGCCAGUCGUCCAGAUGUUGAAGGAUGGAAAGGAAAAGCAAGAGUAGACAUUCUUCCCAUGGAAGGACAGAAAGUUAUUUUAUCAAAGACAGAAUCAGAUGAAGCUUGUGAGCCACUGGUAGAAAUGAGUGAUGUGUUUCGGCGAGCACUAUUCAAAGGACAGUCAAUAUGGAAAUCGCACAGUCAAUCUGGGAAGCGACCCGUAGAUGCUAGUAGUAUAUUUAAAAGCUGUUUGCGGGAAGUUAUACAGUUUGAAGACACAAUGGAUAAUCAAGCAGACCUUAAGAGUGAUGGGGUGUUUGGCAGCAAACAGGACUACGAUAAGACACCUGCUGAUGCAGUUGACUCUAUGAGAUCAGUAAAAGAUAGCCCAGAAAACUGGUUGCCUCCAUGUGAAGAAGACUGGGAUGCAGAAAUAAAUGAGAACAAUCAUGCUACUGAUGUUCAAUUUUUGGAUUCCUUGUCAGCCAGCCAGUCACAAUAUAAAGAUCAAGUUGUUGUCAAUUUAUCAUCAGAGCAGAGGGCAAUGUUGAGGUUAACGUUGGAAAAGGGUCUGCCAUAUUAUGAUGUGAAGGAUCAGUUUUACAUUAAUGUUGCUUUGCAGACUGAAAAAUCAAUGGUGAAGCAAGACUUGCCGGUUGGUUUGACACAGCAGCUUAUUGUUGAAGGACAAUUUGAUGACUUAUAACAGCUGAGUUGAAUAAUACUCAUUUAUUCGAAUCUGUGCAGUAAUGGAGACUACAGUAGUGGUAGAGAAUGUUUAACAGUUAUAAUAAACAGGUUAUGAAGGACAUUGGAAAUUUGCUUUGUAAGAGUGUUAUAAGAGCAUCAAAUAAUAAUUAAACAU